AUGUAUCUUGCGCCAACAAAGACUCUAGUUAUCCCAGUCCAUCCAUCCACCUUUGGUCAUGACACUCAGAAGCUCGUCGUUAACAUUCAUGAAUUCCCUUCUUCCGUUAACAGCAGCAGCAGCAGCAGCAGCAAAGAAAAGAAAAAGAUAGCUUACAUCUUCUCUCAUUCCAACGGGUUUCAUAAGGAGGCCUUUCAUCCUUUAAUGAGGCAACUUAUUGCUUACCUGAGAACCUUGCAAGAGUAUAAUUCAACAGAUAUUACCUUCAUUUCCUGGGACGCACGAAAUCAUGGUGACUCAGCUCGGUUAAAUGAUGGAACCUUUCUUGAAUCCUAUAGAUGGUCUGAUAAUGCAAUGGACGUAAAGCAGAUUAUUGACGAACUAGGAUUAAACGAGAAAUAUGAUCAAUUUGUAGGCAUCGGCCAUAGUUUUGGAGCAACUUCAAUGCUUCUAUGCGAAUUUUUUUACCCAAACUCUUUCACAGGGCUAUGUGUUAUCGAGCCCGUUUUAUCGUCUUUUAUGAUUCCAGAAAAAAUUAGACAACAGUUCCCCGUCUUGUCUUCUAGAAAAAGACGUGACGAAUGGCUUAAUAGAGAAGAGUGUAAACAAAAUUUGUUAAAAAAAGAAUUUUUCAAGCUAUUACAUCCUGAUGUACUAGAAUUAUACGUGAAUUAUGGCAUAUAUGAUACUGAAAAAGGCACUGUCAAGUUGAAGUGCCCAAGAGAGCAGGAAUUUCAUAUCUUUAACGUGUCUCAAUAUGAAAGUUACAUUGCACACAGAUCCUUACAGAUACUGAAAAUCCCUGUUCAUUUUGUGUAUGCAUUGGGAUCCUCUUUUUGCUCCCCAGAAGAAGCAGGCACUGUAGUGAAUGAAAACAAAAAGAAAAUUACCAUUGAUUUUGUUGAGGGAACACAUAUGGUGCCUAAUGAAGCGCCAGACUUGAUCAUUCCGCAAAUAAAAAAAACCAUAGAUAGAAUUAAUGACAAGCCUUCACACGACGUAGAUGAUGGUUCGAAAUCAAAGCUCUGA